AUGGCUUCAACCUGUGCAACCAACGCAACUAACCAGCAAGAGAGAAUCGCCUUUCUCAAAAAGCAAAUUGAUGAGGAAGAGCACAAAAUCCUCCUGGCACUCCAAGCCGAGACUCGCCGAGCGCACGAAGACUACAAGAACACCUUCGACAAACUCAUGAAGUCUACGAACGGCCAGAUCCUUAAUCGCCUUCAAAUCUUCCCGACCAUAGUCACUCAUCUCUCGCAGAGUAUCGCCAAUCGCAAUGUCAACGAUUACGUUUUCGCCUCAAACUCUGCAAUCAAAGGCCUACUGAUGACUUCGCUGCAGACAGUUAUGAUGGGAAUAGAGGACCUUUACGACCAGGGCGAGAUGUUCCUCUCGGGAGACGAAUUGGAGAAAUUCGGAUUUUCAAAGAAAGAAAAGGAUGCUGAACUCGAGCGCCAUCGCUUGGAGAUCCAAGCCAUGGUUGACAAGAUUGUAUUCCUGGAGGCACAACUUGCCGAUGUUGAGGAGAAAUCCCGAAAGAAGAAUGUCAGCGAAAAGAAUUCUUCCGUCAAGAAACCAAUUGCGGCCAACCUUGCAGAAUUACGCGAAGACUGCGAGGCGGCCGUGAUCAAACUCGAGGGCCACAUUAUCUAUCUCCUCCGAAACCAGUUCAACUUCAUGUUCUUUCAAUUCGAGAGGCUGGUCGAUUUCGACAGCCCAUUGAUGAAGCCAUUUCGCGAUGCCCAUGGCGAUUCCAACUCCACUGUUACAAAGAUGCACCUCAUAUUCAACAAACUCCCCGAGAAUAUCGAUGCUUCUAGGCGUACCCAACUCGUCAAGGAAUUGACCGCUGGUGUCAGUCAGCUUCGCCAAACAUACGACAACGGCCACAAAAUCUUUCUCGAAUGCACAGGAUGUGCUAUCACUGCACUUGAUCCGAACCUCCCAUCAUAUUCCAAGAAGGAGAAUUUGGAGAGAAGAGCGCAAGGAAUGAAGGCCUUGAUUUUCGACUUCGAAGAAUUUGACUGCCGAGUUGCUUGGGCUCAUGCCGAGAUGCAACGAUAUCGUGACGAGAUCAGCAAGCUGGACAACCAACCGUGGGAUGAAGAGAUACUUGCCGACGCUGCAAAGGAUGCUGACGAGCAUAAGGAGAAGUUGGUUCAAGAACUGAUUACGUUGAGGCGGGGAAGGUGCUCGGUGAUCGAUUGUGAUUGCAUCGAGAGGGAGAAGAGAUUGAAUGCUGUUAUGUCUGGAGUUGGCACACAGAUGAGAAACAAAUACGACAGGGAGAUGGUGGAGGAGCUUUUGGCUGGCUCAGAGCCGUGGAAGGAGGAGAUGGAAGAGUUCGAAGAGAGAAGGGUGGCAUCUUGCCCACGGUGUCAAGAAGAAAGAGCUCAAGCUUCAGGCGCAAGCACAGUCUAG